AUGAGCUCAGCGGAUAGAUUAUUAGUUGAUGGAUACAAUGCAAUUGAGGCGGACAUUUUUUUCCCCCGGACAACGGAUGACAAUUUCAGCGAGAACUCGACCACUGAUUCUCCGGCGACCACCUCGUUCCCUUCUUCAGAACCUAACGUCGGCUUGAUCGUUGGCCUGAGCGUCACGGUCGCAUGCCUUAUCGCAUGCCUUGGCUUGCUCAUUCACUUCCGAUCGAAAUGGCUGAAGUUUUGCAAACCUUGCGGCUGCUCUUGCAGUUGUUUUUGUUCUGGUUCCCGAAAAGCAGAAACUUCAAAUCAAGAAUUUGUAGAAAGCCAGGUUCACUCAUCCCCUUAUCCUCCGAAUUCACAUCAGCCAGUACCCACGGUCUCCGCAACUGUCGACCAUUUGCUUGACUCGCCCGUACCUGCUCCUAGAACAAACCCUCAAAUUACUAGGCCGAAAACGGAGACAAACUUUAUGUUCUUUUCCUCCGGUAUCAACUCUAAUUUGUCAUCAGAAUCCCACAAUUCCAAUAUAUAUAAAUCCUCACCACCAAAUUCUUUUACGAACAACUACAAACUAGAACCGUAUGCUCCCCCUUCGACCAACUCAGGAGUGUUGUUAGCUCCUCCCAUUCCACCAAAAUCGAUAAAUAGGGCAGACAGAGCAACCCCUUUCACCGCCGGUGUCACGAUCUCUCAGGAAAUAUUCAUGAGUCUCGUGACGCCUGAUUCGGAUCGAGAUACUGAACUUCAUCGGAACGAAGCAACUGCUCCUCGUGGAUUGCCUUUACCAAAAUACCCGUUGGGAUCUCCGUUGACUUCCAUGAAUGCAGAGAUUCUUGCUGAGUUUAAUAGGUUGCACUUCAAAGAAAAGCCCACAACGGUUGCCCUACUCCCCGAAAAUCACUUCAAAAAUCGUUACAGUGACACCAUUCCAUAUGACGAGAACCGCGUGAUUGUUUCCACGGGGCAAUAUAUAAACGCAUCGCAUAUUGACCAUAACUUCAUCGUCGCACAAGACCCUAUUCAGGCCUCGGGAGAUGUCGAUCUUUUCUGGACGAUGAUUUGGGAGAAGAACAUCCACAUCAUCGUCAGGCUGUCCUCAGACGAUUUUAGCCUUGCGUACAUGCCGCUGGACAAGCGCUGGGUGCUGGAGAACUGCUUACAAGUCAGUCCCCUGCUCGGUCCCACCGACGAGCCUCAGAGCUACACCCACCGUGUCGUCAAACUCGCCACCACUCGGGUAUGA